AUGGACCAAUAUCCGGAUGAAAAUGAAGAGUUUGAGCUGCAAUAUCAGGAUGAGAUGGAAAUGCUGGAGGAUAUGGAGGUGCAGCAUGAGCAGGAUGUGUUUGCAGAAGCACCCAGCACAUCUCGUCAAGCGGCGGAGCAAAGAGCAGUAGCAGGUUUAAAAGAUGUGUCCAGGUUUGGCAACAGUACGCUGUGCUCGCCGCAGCUGUCACAGAUUAGCUUUGGCAACAGUCAAAUGGAGACAGAGGCAGCUGGCGGCGGUGGACAGGUAAAUCGCAGACUGUUUGGCACACCCAGAGGGCUCAUGGCGGGCAGAGGCUGCUCUACGCCAAUGCAGCGCAUGGCGGUUAUAAAGGAGGGACAGACUGUAGAUGCUGAUGUACAGGCAGAUGCAGCCUUUGGUGAUGCAGGUUAUGUGCUCAAUGCAGCAGCGGAGCAGCUGCAAGAAGUGGGACUGCGUGGAACAAGCAAAAGACGCCUGGAGCGUGAUUUAUUUGGCGACAUAGAUGAUUUAUAUCACGAAAGCUAUGAGGAUCCAAUGGUUAAAAAGGCGCGCACUGAGGAGCAGCGUGAUAAUGAAGCCAUAGAUCGCAUAUUGGAGCUGCGCAGAAAGCUAAGGGAGACCAGCAAUACAGUGCGCCACGAUGAUGUGUCACGUUUGAAGGCGCUGCAUGAUUUCAAAAUGAAAAAUUUAUCAUACAAUAUACCCUCAUGGCCAUUUCUGGCGCUGCAGCGCAGCGAUCUGGAGCGACUCUAUGUGCGUUAUCAUUCAGCAGACUAUGAAAAUCGACAGCUGGAGCAGCUAAGCGUGCGCGGUGAUCAGCUGGGCAGUUUGCUGGGCGAGGCAAAGCAACAGGUUUGGCAGCAGGCGAAUGAGCUGGUGCUGCGACGUUUAGCGCCGGCAACACAGCUGCCCAUAGCGCCAGCAGCUGCGCCCAGUGUAGAUCAGGGACGUCUUUGGGUGGACAAGUAUAAGCCACGCAAGUAUAUGGAUUUACUCUCAGACGAAAUGACCAAUCGCAGCUUGCUGUAUUGGCUUAAAAUGUGGGAUAAGGUGGUGUUUGGCAAGGUGUUUCAUACCAAGCAGGAGCAGCAAACCAGCAAUGUGGGUGUGUCAGCAGCGCAACAGCUAAAUAGCUUUAAUAAGCGCACGGGUAAAUUUGAAUCCAAUGGCGGCUGGCGUCAGCGCAAGUGGCGUCAAGCGUUGAACACUAAUGUAGAUGAGCUGGGCAGACCUAUGCAAAAGGUAGCAUUGCUAUGUGGUCCACCUGGACUGGGCAAGACAACACUAGCGCAUACCAUAGCUAGACAUGCGGGCUACAAUGUGCGUGAAAUAAAUGCAAGCGAUGAUCGCAGUCCAGAGGCAUUCAAACUGGCGCUGGAGAAUGGCACACAAAUGAGCUCAGUGCUGAAUGAAGAGAAGCGUCCAAAUUGUAUAGUGCUGGAUGAAAUUGAUGGCGCACCCAGACAAUCAAUUGAGUAUCUUGUAAAGUUUGUUAGCGAUGGCAUCUAUAGCAAGGCGAAGUCCAAGGGCGCCAAGCCGCAGCAUAAUGUGCUGCGUCGUCCUAUUAUAUGCAUUUGCAAUGAUAUUUAUGAUCCUGCUUUGCGUCCUUUAAGACAAAUUGCAUUUGUUGUCAAUUUUCCACCCAUUGAUGCAGCGCGUUUGGCUGAAAGGCUUGUACAAAUUGCACGCAAGGAGCAUUUGAAAACAGACUUUGGCUCGCUUAUAGCGCUGGCUGAAAAAUCUGGCAACGAUGUGCGCAGCUGCAUUAGCUCCAUGCAGUUCUUCAAUGUUCAAAAGCACAGUCUAACGCUGCAGGAUGUGCUUAACAAUAAUCUAGGACAAAAGGAUCGCCAUCAAGGUCUAUUUGAUGUUUGGGGCGCUGUCUUUAGAAUACAACGCCCCAAGAAGCAGCUGCAGCAAAUCAGCGCCGAGGAGCCUGCGCAGGUGACCAUGACCAACAUGUCGGUGGCAACGCGUGUGCGCAACGUGCUCGAUGUGGUGCACAGCAGCGGCGACUACGAAAGACUUACCCAAGGCGUCUAUGAGAACUACUUGCAGCAAAAGAUGCCCGAUCCCAAUUUCAAUGGCAUUUGCGAGGCAUUGCAAUGGUUUUGCUUUACGGAUACGCUGCAGCAGCAAAUCUCAAGGCAGCAAAUCUACAGCGUCUAUCCGUAUCUACAGUUUGGCUUUGUGGUCUGGCAUUUGCUGUUUGCCACACUCGCCUGGCCGAAAAUUGCAUUUCCCACGCGUGGCUUUGAGUUCUCACAGGCGAGCACAAAUCAACGCAACAUCUUUCAAUCGCUGCGCAAAGGUGUCAACAGCGCUGCCCAGGGUGUGGGCCAGGGGCACGUAUUGCUGCUGGACACGGUGCCGCUGCUGAAGCGCAUCUUAUCGCCGCAACUGCGUUCGGUGGCCGUGCAGCUGUUAUCGCAAAAAGAACAAUACGAUCUGCGUCAUACUAUACAAGUUAUGGUGGAUUUGGGCAUAACCUUUGUGCAGGUGAAAUCCGCUGAGGGACAAUAUGUAUUCCAAACGGAGCCAGACUUGGAUACGCUUUGCGCUUUUACAGGUUUUUCUGGUUUAACGCUGCCUUACUUUAGUCGUCAGCUUAUAGCACGUGAAGUGGAGCUGGAGCGCAUACGUCGUGCUGCACCCAAAGCAGCUGCUGAAGCUGCUAACGAAACAGCCAAGGCUAAGUCCAAGUCCAAGCUGCAGGCUCCAGCGGCACCGCCGCGUUUGCCGAAUCAUUUGCAAACAUUGAAACCCAAGCAGAUUACCGAUUCCAAUGCGCCCAAGCAGCAGUUGACAAAGGACUUCUUUGGACGCGUAACACACAAAGCAGCAGCAACAGCAACAGGCGAGGAGGCUAAAACGGAUGCUAUAGUCAAAAGUCCCAUUUGGUAUCGCUAUAAGGAAGGCUUCAACAAUGCUGUGCGCAAGGAUGUGCAGCUCACUGAGCUGCUUUAGUUAUUAAUUAAAUUGUAUUGUAUGCUAAGCAACUAAAUGGUUUAUUUAUUUAACAAUUGAAACUA